ACCAAACGCCUCCAUUAGUUAGUUAAAAUGACUUCCUGAAGGCCACCUCAAAUCCGGUAACAACCGCCGCCGCCGUCAACUCACAGCAAUCUCCGAUCACUUUUCCGUUCACUUUGAACAUGUCUGAAGAUUGGGAUAAGCUAAAGGAUAUCCAUAUAUCAUCAUUUGACGAGGAAGAAGAAGAAAAUGAAGAAGUUCAAGUUAAAGAUAACGGAGACGUCGAUUCAUCCGAUUACACUGAAUUCGAUGAAUUCGAUGAUGACGAUGAAGACGGAGAUGAAAUUCCAAUAACUCUAGGUUUUCUUGAGAAACCUAAGAACAAUUGGUCAUUACUUCGUCAGUUGUUUCCAAGCAAGGCUGGCGGUGUUCCUGCUUGGUUGGAACCGAUAAAUUUGCCUUCUGGAAGAUCAAGUUUAUGCGAUAUCUGCAGCGAACCUUUACAGUUCUUACUUCAGGUUUAUGCACCAUUUUCUGAUAAGGAUUAUGCUUUUCAUCGUACCUUGUUUGUGUUUAUGUGUCCAUCGAUGACUUGUCUUAACCAAGACCAACAUGAACAAUGGAAACGCCUUCCAGAGAAAGCAUCUCGCAGUGUGAAGGUUUUUCGAUCCCAACUUACUCGAUCGAAUCCUUUUUACUCAAAAGAGGCUCCAAAAUACAAUGGAACUGAUGAACCUUCUAUAAUUGGAGCUUCACUCUGUAAUUGGUGUGGUACAUGGAAAGGAGAUAAAGUUUGCAGCAGCUGCAGAAAAACGCGGUAUUGUUCAGAGAAACACCAGAGCUUGCACUGGAAGUCUGGCCAUAAAAUCGAUUGUUGUCAACUCGACGCAGCUUCUCAGUCAUCUAGCUGCACAGGAAACAAAACCACCUGGCCCCAAUUUGAGAUUAUUAAUGAAGAUGAAGUCCUUGAAGAAGAAGAAGAAGAAGAGGGACUGAACAAUUCAUUGGUUGUUGGAAGUAAAAUCGACGAAUCAGUCAACUCAAUGCUGCAUGAUUUUGAGGGAGAUGCUGACAAACAGAGUUGGGUAUCGUUUCAAGAUCGCAUUGGCCGCGCCCCAGAGCAAAUAAUGAGAUACUGUAGGCAUGAAAAAGCUAAGCCCCUUUGGCCUAUGCACAGCGGUCGACCAUCAAAGGCUGAUAUUCCCAAUUGCAGCAGCUGUGGUGGCCCUCGAGCUUUUGAAUUCCAGAUAUUGCCACAACUGCUUUAUUAUUUUGGCGUGAAAAAUGAUGUUGACUCUUUGGACUGGGCAUCGAUCGUUGUUUACACAUGCGAAAAUUCGUGUGAAGGAAGUUCGUCGUAUAAGGAAGAAUUCAGUUGGGUUCAACUUGCUUCGCAGACGACGACUACUACUACUGUUUGAUAAAUUAUAGUAAUUGUUUUCCAAAUUACACAAUUUUGGUUUCUAAGAUGCAUUGCCCCAAAUUUUGUAGUUGUCUUUUAAUUUUGUUUUGUUUUCAAUGAUAUUUGAUUUGGAAUCUGGAGUUCUGUUCUAAUUCCAUUGUUCAUUGUUUGUUUGAAACUAUAAUAUUAAUUUAAACUGUUGCUUGUUGAUUUUGAGUU